AUUCAAUCAUAAUAGGGUUGGAAAUAAUAACUUUUAUGAAAAGAUAAGUUAAAUAAAUACUUGUUGUAAUUUUAACGGCUAACUUAAAAUUGAAUCCCUUGAAGAAAACUAGGCUUAUGAAAUGAUUAUAAAAAUUCUACGGUGCUCGCUUAUAAGAUUUAGUAACAUUAAUUUAAUUCGAGUUCGAUCAUUCGCGAGAAUGGCAGGAAAGUUUGAAGCAGUGUCUAAAGGUGUUCCAAAUUCAAAGGAUUAUCGAAUUUUCUUCAAGAAUGAAGCAGGAACGCCGAUUUCUCCUUUGCACGACAUUCCUCUUUAUGCUAAUAACAGUACACAAGUCUUUAAUAUGGUUGUAGAAGUUCCAAGAUGGACAAACGCAAAGAUGGAAAUUACUUUAAAUGAAGAAUUAAAUCCUAUUAAACAAGAUAUUAAAAAGGAGAAAUUGCGCUUUGUAGCUAACAUAUUUCCUCAUCAUGGCUACAUUUGGAAUUAUGGAGCUUUACCACAAACAUGGGAAUAUCCAGGGCAUAUUGAUAAAGGUACCGGAUGUGUCGGUGACAAUGAUCCGAUUGAUGUAUGUGAAAUUGGAUCAAGAGUAGCUAAACGUGGAGAUGUAAUUCAAGUAAAAGUUCUUGGUACUUUUGCAUUGAUCGAUGAAGGAGAAACAGAUUGGAAGGUUUUGGCUAUUGAUGUUAACGAUCCUGUUGCCGAUAAAUUAGAAGAUGUUCAAGAUAUUGAAAAAUUCUUCCCAGGACUUUUGAGAGCAACUGUUGAAUGGUUUAAAUUUUAUAAAGUCCCAGAUGGCAAGCCUGAAAAUCAAUUUGCAUUUAAUAGUGAGGCAAAAAAUGCUGCUUUUGCCAAAAAUAUCAUUACUGAGACACACACUUUCUGGCAGCGAUUAAUCAACAAAGAAGUUGAAAGCAACAAAAUUAGCUGUGCAACCGUAGUAAAUGAAGGAACUCCGUUUACUAUAAGCAGUGAACAAGCCGAAGAAGCUUUUGCAAAAGCAACAGAGGGUGGUGAUCCAGAACCAUAUAGUGAAUCCAUCAAUAAAUGGCACUUUGUUCAUCUUCAAUGAAUUAAAAAUAAUGAAAUAUAUCCUUUGCCAUAAUUCCUUAAAACAAUUCUAAAUUCUAGUUCUGUUUGUUUUCAAAUUAUGGUCUCCAAAAGAAAAAAAAAUCAAUAUUUUGAGACCUUUUAAUUCGAAUUCAUUUUAUGUUUUGAAAAAGUUAUUUCCGUAUUAUUAAAAUCGAAAUAAAAUUUUCUGUUAAAACUAUAA